AUGAGGCAGCACAGGAAGGGAUUGGCGGAGCAGCUCAAGGACCCGGGCGACAAGAGCCCGGGGGAGGGCCGUGGCGCGGUGGAGAAGAUGAUGACGCUGCAUUCGGAGCCCGCCAUGAGUUUGCCGAAGAAACAGUUCUACAGGCUAGGAGGAGCGAACCGGACAGCUAUGUCUCGCAAGAAGAUGUCUCUCAAUCAUGAACGAGAGGGGGCGAUGUCCCAGUCAGACCCGCUCUACAAGCCCAGGUUCGCUGCGAGGCACGAGCAUGCCAAGUCAGCCACGUCGACCUCCUGGCCGCAGAUCGAGGUCAUGAAGGUGGAGGGGGACGUGGUAGGGAUCCCGGGCAACACCAGCCUGCAGCGGUAUUCCAGCAUGGUGGAGGACGGGAAGAGAAAGCAGAUUAUCAUAGCGAUCCAUGAGAACAAGAGUGCCAGCAAGCCCUCUCUGCAGUCCAGGGGCUCGGUCGACUCGGAGACAGCGCUGAUUCGAAGCGGAAUGAAUAUUGUUUCGAAGCAGCUCGCUGAGAUAAGGGAAAGCCUUGCAGAGUCACGGCGAGCACACAACACCUUCAACGAUGUAUCAAAGUUUUCAUAUGAGUGA